CACUAAUGAUGGAGCAUUGUGGGAGCCAAGACAGAGAGCCGGAGCGUAAUGUUUGAGCUCCAUGGCGGGGAUAAACGAAUUUAAUAAAAUGCCAGCCAAUCUCAGACAAUUUUGAAAAGAGCCAACAACUUCUCUUUCAAAUGUGCUGCUCUUGUCCAACAACGUUUUGUUGAGUUUGAUGCUCUUCUCCGUUAACAGAGUUCUGUUUUACUCUUUGAUUCUUAUUCUUUUGGGGUUGGAGCACGGGCUGUUUAGUAAAUCUCUUUGAAUUUGUAUCACAUGGUGGCGUGGUGUGGUAUGAUACAGAUGGCCUGGACGGACUGCUGCUUGUACAGACGGACAAUGGUACUGGUAGGUAAAGGCGACAGCAGCACCGGCAGACGCACAAUGAACAGUGUAUGAAUGGUCGGUCGGUCGCUGUUUGGUUGGAUUUUUUUUCUUGUUCAAUUUUUUUACAAUUUGUGUGUGUGUUUUUUUUUUUUGCCUUUGAGUUUUUGGUCUGGUUCUCAACCGUCGUUUAUGUUUUACACACUCACACCAUGCUGGAAAUAAACAAACCCAAAGCAUACAUACCUACAUACAGGCACACACAGACGGCCAGAAGAGGCAACCAUCCAGCCACAUCGAUUUACACAGAGUGGUGUGUAUUGUCGUCGUCGUCGUUGUUGUCGGUCGGUCGUCCAUUGCUAACAUGCCAGCAGCCACUCCAGUGGCUUGCGACUUGCCUACUAUCGAACAUCUGAACGUCGCGUAUAGAGCACACAUUCAAUACGGCGGACGUGGUUUCUAGUUUUUAAAUGCGUCGCAGUUCAUUAAAUAAAUAAAAAAGAAAACAUAUUUUUAUUAAAAAUUUUUGCGGCUCUGCUUUAAUUUGUAUAAAAAUGACACAACAAAAAUACUGCUUCGUUUAUUAAAAGAAAAAAAACAAAACAAAAUGGCCCACAGAGAAAUGCAAACAUGAAAUGUGUGGCCAACGAAGAAAAUCAUUUUUUUCGCAACAAAAAAGAAGUGAGUUAAAAAGUGCGAAUGAGUAAGGAAAUCAGAAGCAACGACCACAAAAAAUGUCACCAUUUUUUAAACCCUUAAAAAACACCCCCUGUAAUUGUGUGAAAAAGAACGGAACAAAGAAUAUCCCUCCCCUUUGUAACAACAACAGAAGCAGCAGCGGCAGCAGCAGCUAAAGUGUCACCCACCUUAAGGGGAAAACACACAAAACCUAAUGCUCACACACACCCAUGCACACACAUUUCUACUCACACAUACGCACUCCCGCACAAGGCGACAACUCGGUUGACAUAACAGCCCAACCAAACAACACAACAGCAACAAGAAGAAAAACAACAAAUUUGCCACACACACGCAAACCCCAUUGCCUUUGGCUGUUUUUUAUGUUCUCUUCUCUCGUUAGUUUGUCGUUCAAAUUACGCUCUGCAGUCAGUAUAUGGAUGUGACUCUUUUUCGUCAUCGUAGUUCGUUCGUAUACGAAUCCAACAGCACCAACAACAACGCCAUAGCAGCAGAAUGUCGUGGAUGUGGUUGUUGUUGGUUUUAUAUACAUGUACAUUUUUUAUUCAGUUGUCGUCGUUGUGUCGUUUGGUUUCUGUUAUCAUUCUGUGUUUUUUCCUCUGCAUGAAUAAAUUCUUAUUGCUCUCUCGCUCUGGCUGAUUGGUUAAAACAUUUAAGGCAAAUAACAAAAACAAAAAAUGUCGUCGUGUGUCAUUGGCUGAAGCCAGGGCGGUGAGCACCGUCACCCUAUAAUCGUUGUCGUUGUGUGUUGCCAUAGCCAGCCCGCCAGCAAGCCAGCCGUAUUUAUGUGAACGCACAAUGCUACCUACAUACAUAUAUACACUGAGAUCCAAAGGAAAGAAAAAUAUCAACCUAACCAUUUGUUGUCUCCAUUAAAUUUGGGAGAGGUGGGAGACAUUGGCCCAGCCACCCAACCACAUUUACAUACAAAUGGAUGUAUGGUCGGUCAUAUACCACCACCAUCGCCAGCGCCACCAUUAUCAUCAUUGCGAAUAACCGUUAAAGUCGACGGCAUCUUUAUCAUAUGAAAAUGUCGUUUUGCAUUUUUUUCGUGGCGUCGCCGUCGUCUUAAUGUCGUUCUCCUGUUUGCUGUUACUAACUAAUAUCAUGGUCCUAUCUUGUUGUUAUUGCUUCGUUUAGUAGGUGGAUGCUUGUCAUUAACAAAAUAAUUUUUUUGGUUAAUAGCCGUCGGUAAAAUAAUAUCAACACAAUUGUAAAUAAUUUCGAAUUUGGUGGAAUAAUUCUUGGACUAAAUUCAAAAUUGUUAACACUCACCCGUUGUUCGGAGGUAAAUGUGUGUACAGAUGUGUGUGCGUGCGUGUGUGUGUUUGUUUGUGGUUGCAAUAAAUACAAUGUGAUAAUAAUUAAAUACCCAUCUAAUUUACUUUAAAGGUGCUAAUCAGUUUUUUAUAACGUGACCAUGUAAUAAUAUUAUUGGAGCAACUCUCAGCUAAACUAAUACAAAACAAAUGCCUACCUAUAAUUAUGCAAUAAUAAAAAUGGAUCAAACAGAAACAAAAAUAAUUACAUAAAAAAUAAAGGAAAUGAAGGAUACACAAUAAAGUGUAGAUAGAGAUUUGGAGGAAAAAAAAUACAAUUUUUAAAGAAAAAUUCUAAAUAAAUUCUAAAACAACGAAAUAUCAGCUCAUCAUUGUUAUCUACUCUAAGGGAUUAAAUGGAAAUUGUUCAAGAUAUCACAACAAACAAACCAAAACAAUUUGGCAACAAGGUUACAAGGCAGUAUUAGAAAUUCACCCCUCCAACUGUAACAAACAAAAUGCUGAUUGUGGUUCUAAAACCCACUAAACAAUUCAUAGAAUUUUUAAAUAUUGCUCAAAACCAACCGCAACAAAAAAAGUCAAAUCGACAACAACUGCAAAAACAAAACAAUACAAUAAAACAACAGCAACAACAACGAACAACAUUUCUAGUCUUGCAGAAAAUUGCUAACAGCAAAUAUCGUUUUAAUGAAUAUUAAUCAAGAAAAACAACAGCAGCAGCAACAGCAACAGCAACAUCAACAAAAACAUUACCAACAACAUCAAUUCUACCAUCACCAGCAGCAUCAUCACGAACCACAACAGUCCACCACAUUGAACGGAUUCCAACCGCGACACACAACGGCCGCAACACAACAUUCAUCAUUGGCGACCCUUAACAAUACGACCGACUACGAAUUGGAAUAUUUGAAAAAAGCGCAUGCGCAUGCACAGGCAACAUUGGCCUACAGCUACGAACGUCAGUUGCAACAGCACCACCAACAUCAACAACAACAACUGGAAGCCCAACAACGACAACAAUUAGCUUCUCAACGCACGAACCUCGAACACGAAUAUAUUGACAAGUGCAGCACCCCCAACACCACCUACAGCAUUCACCAACAGUUUGUUACCGCCGCCGCCGCGAGCUCUACCGCUGCCCACCAUUCAUCGUCGUCGGUUAACUACUCCAUGGUUAUGUCACCAAGUCGGCGACCUUCGCCACCUAGAGCUGCUGCACAUCCCAUGAAUAUGCAUUUAAGCGCCAUGGCUCAUGCCCAAAUGCAGUUUCAGUUGCAACAAAAGCUGACGGCAGCAGCUGCAGCGGCUGGCAAUGGUGGCCAUGCAUCAUCACAUGGUGGCGUUGGUCUUGCCCCACCUCCAGGUCAUAUGGGCGGCUAUUUUCGCAAUCCAGCUUCGCCCGCGGGUAGUGGGGGAACCACCUCAACAAGUACGACAACAAAUACCACAUCAAGUUCUAGUGCUUCCAAUAGUAGUAACUCCUCAUCCACGGCACCCAGUUGUGGGCCGCCCACAACCACAUCCACAGCCACCAUGGCCUCGGCCCACAACCCUCUGAACCACUUGCAAAGCAUGCAGCCGUUUGAUUUUCGAAAAAUCAAUUCAGCUGCUUUGGGAGCAUUUCCAGGUCUUCCACCGCCGGCUCGCCUCAGUCCCAGUGAGCUGGCCCACCAUCAACAUUUACAGCAACAAGCUGCUCAACAGGCCGCCAUGUUAGCUCAAGCCAGGCGUCGUAUUAAUGAGGCAACCACACCGUCGGAAAAAAAUGCCGCCGUGGCAGCGGCCGCAGCUGCGGCGGCUCAAAGUAAUCAAUUUUUCAAUGCUAUGGCUAUGUCGGGACAUCCGCUGCCUUUUCAUCUUCCGCCUCCACCACCGCUGCCACACAUGCACCCACCCUCCCCGGGAUCCUCGGGCAAUCCUGGUCCAGGUGCAGGCCUUCCUGCAGGUUUGACCACCAAUCAAGUGGCGGCCAUAGCAGCGGCUGCAGCAGCCUCCGGAAAUCCCAUGCCUCAUGGCUUUUUAACCUCGCAUUUUCCCGGUCUCAACCCUGCCUUGGCAAUGGGAAAACCACCACAUCUUUCAAAAACUCCCGAAUUGGAUAAACAAAAAAUGUCCGACAUGAAUCAUUUGCGUGAUUCAUCGGCCUCAAGGCGAACACCGCCGUCACGUAGUUUGUCACAGUCGUCACAUUCUGGCAUAGCUGCGCCACAGCAGUCUUCGUCAUCGGCCGCUUCGUCUUCAUCGUCAACCUCAUUGGGCCAUCAGCAGUCUCCUAGCCAAUACCAAAGUCAACGGGAUCUCAGAGAUCCGAAUCAUAGUCAUCGCAAUUCCCUGCAGCAUGAGGCGUCUGCUGGCCCCAACCAAAACCAGAGACUUUCACGCAUAUCAUCUUCGAGUGCAGCGCUGAGACCCGGUCGUAAGGCCCACUCGCCCGGUAAACGGCAAUGGGGUUCACUGCCAGCCAAUUUGGGUACACAGUUCAUCAAUCCGGUGACUGGCAAGAAACGUGUCCAGUGUAAUGUCUGCCUCAAGACAUUCUGUGAUAAGGGAGCUCUGAAGAUCCAUUUCUCGGCGGUGCAUCUGAGAGAGAUGCACAAAUGUACGGUGGACGGGUGCAAUAUGAUGUUCAGUUCCCGCAGAUCACGUAAUCGUCACAGUGCUAAUCCCAAUCCCAAGUUGCAUUCGCCACAUCUAAGGCGAAAAAUAUCUCCACACGAUGGACGUAGUGCCCAACCCCACCCCUUGCUGCUGCAGCCUCCAAAUGGACUAAUGGCAGGUCUGAAUCCCUUUGGUAGCUUCCCCAUGCUGACACCACCACCUGAUAUGCGCCAUCAUCCAAUGGGUACUUUAGGCGAUCCCAAAUAUAAUCCCGAACUUAUGCAAAGAUCCUAUAUGGAUGCCCAGCUCAUGGGCCGCUACGAGGGAAGACAAAUGCCCAUCUCUGAGGUUAUGGGUGAUGAUGAUGAGGAUGAUGAUGGCAUGGAUGGUGGUAUACACAUUGGCGACAUAGACGAUGAUGAUGACGACGAUGAUGGAGAGGGUAUUGUUGUGGUCGGUGACGAAGGUGACAGUAUGUUAGAUAAGACAAAUUCCGAAGACUUUAGCAUAGAAGACACGGGAGCCGAUGAGACUUCUUCAACAAUGGGCGGUGGCGGUGAUAACAGUCGAGAUCAUUUCGAACGUUCGCUAUACUCCAAAACGCCCACAGAGUAUUUCAAAACCAAAGAUAAACCGCAGGAUUCGACCAAAAAAGAUGAUGGCGAAGAGGAUGGUCGCAGCACUGUGGAGAGACACAGUACAGAGAGCAACGAUGACACGUUGAGUAUUACCGAUUCCUGCAGUGUAAGAGAGGAGUAUGAGGGAUCGUCUACGGCUCACUCGGCCCAGCACAAUGCUACAAAUGGCACAACGAAUGCCACCAGCUCGGCUAGUAAACGUAAGCGUAAGAAUCAAAAUCCGGUGAGGUGUGCAGUACAAUCAACUGAAAAUUCCUGUGAUAAUUCCAAUGAUUAUGAUGUGGCGAAUGAUUUGGCCAUGAAAUCGGAGACCAGGGAUGGAGAGGAACAGCGUACGGAAAUCAAAGAAGAACCACGUGACGAUGAUCCCAUGUCUUUGGAUUUAACGAAACGAAGCCGCAAGACGGAAGACGCAACAAAUGAAAGCACAAAAGUAUUACCCUCACCGCCCUUGACACCCUCAACGUCGACUAGUGAGACAAAUAGACACAAUUCAUUGUUAACCAAUCUUCCGGUAAAAUUGGAACCGCGAGAGCAAGAUGAGUUGGAAUGUUUGGCCAAAUCCAGUGAGGAUGAUGUGGCAGAAAAAUCCCAGAGGGAAAUAGGAAAAACCUUGGAUUUAUCCAACAAUGAAAGGCAAGAAGAUAAUCCCAAAGAAAAUGGCCGUUUUGCCGGCCUACUAAUGCCUGUUAUUAAGGAAGAACCCAGAGAUGAACUUGCCCACUCACCUGGUGCGAAUCACGGUGACGAGGAACCCGAAGAGGAGAAUCGUUAUUUGAGAAUUAAGAAAGAGCUUAUGGAUGACAAUUUCAAACUGAACAUAUCCGCAGAAGAUAACAAUAAUCUGCCUGAAAAUUUAACCACCUCUCCCAACAACAAACCGGCAAGCAUUGAAGGCAAACUGACAACAACAACGGCGGCGGAUGAACAAAAUGGUGGAGAAUUCCCAAACGAAGAUGCCGAGGUGCCCAUUGACAAAGACAACCCCCUGAAGUGUACGGCCUGUGGUGAGGUUUUCCAGAACCACUUCCACCUCAAAACCCAUUAUCAAAAUGAACACUUGAAGUUGCAUCACAAAUGCAACAUUGAUGGUUGCAAUGCAGCCUUUCCCUCGAAAAGAAGUCGGGACAGGCAUAGUUCCAAUUUAAAUUUACAUCGCAAACUGUUAUCGACCAGUGAUAAUCACAAUCUGGACCCUUUGCCCGAGUCCAUGAUGCUCAACAAUAGCAAACAUUUUAAUGCUCCGCCAACUGCGAACAAUAUUUCAACAUCAUUGCAGGCGGAGUUUUUGGCUCGCCUAUAUGCAGGAGCUCAUGGUUUGCCACCCCUUAAUUUCGAAGCCCUCAAACAACACUUCCCCCCAAAUCAACAAACUGCAAUGCCCACAUUUCCCGAUGCCACAGCGGCCUUUAUGAGUGAUCCACGGUUCUUAAUGCAACACAGUGGUAAUCCAUUGCUGUUCUCAGGUCUUCCUGGACUACCCGGUUUUCCCCACCUAUCACCUCACCUGCUGGCAGCCAGCUCGUUUAAUGGUCUAAAUCCAUUUAUGGGUCGUCGUCCGUCUUCGGAAUCACAUUCACCACAAUCGAUAACGCCACCCGUGGGAACAGUACGUUCACCCAUAUCCACAAAUCCAAAAGCUUCCAAUAUCUACUCGAACAACGGUAACAGUAAUAUCAACAACAAUGAUCAGGAUGUACGAAAUAAUCCAUCUCCAACAACACCAUCUACAUCGGAUGGCUCCAUGCACCAGCACUCUUUGUAUGGUAGCGGUGGUGGUGACAACACUACUAGUUCCUCUCAACAGCAUACCAAUCCCCAACUUUUAAAUCAUCAUCAGCAACAACAGCAUCAUAAUUUGUCACCGUCUGCUGAUCGUACAUCAUGACCCUCUCCCCUACAACAUCCCACAUCAUCAUCAGCAGCAUCCUCAUCAGCUCAUUUUCUCCCACAUCAUCAGAUGCACUAUUCCGAGUUAAUGGCUUACAGACAGUAAGACUUGUAGGUUAAAUAAAUAUAUAUGUAUAUGCUUAAAACAGAUAUGGUGCAAUAUUUAGAAUUUAAAAAAAAAAGAGUUUGGUUAUUUCGAGGUAUGGUUGUAGAAAUGAUAAAGUAACUUCAACAUUCACGUUCUGUAUAUCGAAAGAAAAUAUGAAUGCGAAAGAAGAAUUCGAUGUCUGCGUGUGUUUUUCCAAAUUCAAAUUAUUCAAAUGUUUAAAAUUUUAAAAAUGCAUGCUUAGAAUGUUGUGUUUUUGGUUCGCAUUAAUUUUCAUUCUUUAUACUUUAAAGAAUUGAAUUGCAUUAAAAAGGAAUUUCACUUGUCUGCAAUAUCAAAAUUUCGAAUUAUUUGGCCAGCACCGUGGUACUCCUACGUCAAAAUCUGCCUCAUCGAGAUAAAAGGCAUAGACCCUGGGUCUCUUUGGAUAAAAUCCGCUUUAGGAUAUUUGGCAUCGAAAUAAAACUUAAACCCCUCGAUCUCUUUGGAUGAAAUCUUUUUCAGGAUAUUUUAAUUCGAUUUAGACAGGUAAAUUUGUCUAUCCCCUUAAAUGCUCAGUCAAUUUUGUUAUGGCUGUUAUGCUGAUCAAGAAUAUAUGUACCUUGUGGGGUCUUAAAUGUAUAUUUCGAGGAGGGACUAGUGGAAUGACAAAUUUAAUUCUUUAAUUUCAAAUUAGUAGGGUUUAUAAAUAAUAGGUUCUAUUGAAUAAUCCUGAUAGAUCUGGAACCAAUAUUUUUCAAAAACCUACGCUGUCGGGAGUGCCCUUUUCAAGUAUUAUUUGUGAUUUUGGCGAAAUGUGAUUUUCAGCAUCACACAUAUUUGCGUUUUUGAUCAAUAUCGUCAUCUAUCGUCUAAUAUUUUUCGAAUAUCUCAAAAAAAAAUAGCCUUCCCCUCUCUAAGACCAAUAUUUCAACGUGUUACAAACUUUUUUUACCCAAUCAAACUUAAAAUAUUGUUAUAUACCUGAAAUAUUCUCUUCAGAUCGUAUAGUCCUUCAGUGGGUUAUUUCAGUGGGUAAAAUGAAAGAAGUGCGCAAUGAACUUUCUUAACGGAGCACACAUUUUUAUUAUAAAACCAGUAAGGAAAGCUCAAUAGUCGGGCGGGGCCGACUAUAUGAUACCCUACACCACUAUGCAUAUUUAGUAGAGCUCUCGUAAAAAGGUUUAUACAGGACAUUUCAGAGCUCUAUUAGAUAUUUGGUACAAAAUCAAAAUCUAUCUAAUUCUAUCGUGCAUUUUACGAACUAAAGCUAUCUCUAAACUGGGUUUCUCCAAAUUUGACGUAUUAGCUUCUAGACUGAAUUCGGUCUUAUGUACGAAAAUGCAUGCCAUUUGGGCUGAUAUUGGCCAUUUGAUGCACAAUUAAAACGAAAUCGGAUGAAGAUAUAUAUGGGAGCUAUAUCCAAAUCUGAACCGAUUUCGAUAAAAUUACAAACAGCUAUUUCUGUAUCUUAUAUCUGGUACCAAAUAUCAUUCUUGUGGAGUGCAUAUUACGAAUGUGAGAGGCUUAAAUACCAAAUCGGAUGAAACAUAUAUAUGGGAGCUAUAGCUGUUUCUGAACCGAUUUCUCCAAAUUUGUUGUAUUUGCUUUAAGGCUAAUCUCGGUCACAUGUGCCAAAAUUCGGGCCAUUUGGGCUGAUAUUGGCCAUUUGGUGGUCAAUUACCCCGAAAUCGGAUGAAGAUAUAUAUGGAAGCUAUAUCCAAAUCUGAACCGAUUUCGAUAACAUUUAAAACAGCUAUUUCUUUGCUCCAUCUAAUACCUGGUACCAAAUAUCACGGUUGUGGAGUGCAUAGUAGGAAUGUGAGGGACUUAAAGAUCAAAUCGGAUGAAAGAUAUAUAUGGGAGCUAUAGCUAUAUCUGAACCGAUUUUCUCCAAAUUUGAUAUACUUGCUUCUAGGCCGAACUCGGUUGGGUGUGCCAAAAUUCAGGUAAUUUGGACUGAUAGUGGACAUUUGGUGCACAUUUAACCCGAAAUCGGAUGAAGAUAUAUAUGCGAGCUAUAUCUAAAUUUGAUCCGAUUCUCACCAAUAUCAAUAGGGUUCGUCCUUGGGCCAAAAACAUAUUGUUUGGAAAAUUUCAUCUCAAUCGGAUAAUAAAUGCGACCUGCAUUUUGUUCACAAGAAUACAUGGACAGACGGACGGACGGACAGACGGACUGACAUGCAUAAAUCGACUCAGAAAGUGAUUCUAUGAAGGUUCUCAAAAGUAACUAUGGGUCUAUCUCGUUUCCUUCUCCAUGUUACAAACAAAUGCACAAAGACAUAAUACCCUUACCACUAUGUGGUGUAGGGUAUAAAAACAAGUAAGCAAAGGCUAUAGUGCGGGACCGACCAUGUGAUACCCUACAACACUACAAUAUGUUUGAAGCCCCUUAUGUCCAAAUCCAUAUGCGAUUUUUUUAGAUUUUAUUCUUUUAUGCCAAGAGGGCAUCCUGAAUUGGAAAAAUCGGUCCAACCAUUCUUGAUAUAUAAGCAUUCUAGCAUUCUAUCCCCUUUCUUUGUAUAUAUUUCGCUAUAUAUAUAUAUAUAUAUAUCCGAUAUAUUUAUUAUCGGCAUCUAAACUUGACCUCUUCGUCUAUUUGUGAUUUCGCCGGGAUUAAAAAUAUUCGCGGUUUAAUGGAAAAUUGGACUUUUAUUUAACACAAAUGUUAUGGUCUAUUUUACCCACUAAAUCUUACCCGAUGACUAACUGACAAAAUUGAAAGGCUUCUGCUCAGCCAUACGCUCCAGCCUCAUGCUAAGUUCCAUGUCGAUUCAGUUUUUGGUCCAUUUCAACCCCUAAAUGUUAUGCGAUCAUCUACAAAAGCAAUAAGCUUCGAUUCUGACCCUAGCCCCACCUCCAUUGCGGCCUGUAGUGUGAUUACAAAUUAACAUGGACAGACGGACGGACCCAGCUCGGCAAGAUAUGUAUUUUCCUUGUGGGAAACCAAUAUUUCGAGGUGUUAAAUAAUUUUUGGCCCAAUCAAACUUAUAAUACCCCCAACACAUAGUGUUGUAGGGUAUAAAUAUUCGUUUGUGAGACGAUUCAUGUUUUGAAAAUGUUUUAUAGUGAAACAAAAUACGAAAAGAUCGUGGCCCCUUUAAACCAGUGUUGCCAAAAAGAUAAAAGCUAAAAAUCAGCCUUUAUAUGUCACAUAAGUUUUAACACUUAACUUUUGUGGAAAAUUAUUCGUAAUUUUAAUAUUGCAGGAAUACAGUACUUUAAAUAUUGUAAUUAAAGCUAUUGCAACAAUUUGGAAAUCGAACUUUCAAACAUUUUAAUAAACUUAAAUAAUUUCCCAUCAGAUAAUUUGUCUCCAUGUCCAUUAACCAGAUUUAUAUAACCUCAAACAAACACUUCUACAGAAAAAAAAAAACAUUUCUUUGAAAAACGUUUCGCAUCAAACCCAAUACGAAUAAGAGCAAAUCAAUACAAAAUUCAAGAGAAAAGUAUUGAAGAAUAAAUUAUUUAUAAAUAAAUUUAUGAAUGUAAUUCAUAAACAGAUAAAGUUUAGAGUAAAUAAAACUUAAAUCAUUUAAAACAAUUAAUAAAUAUAUGAAUUGAAAACAAACAAAUCUACAACAAAAAAAAAAAAAUACUCAAAACAAAUGUUUUUAACAAUUGAACAAAAAAAGAGAGAAUAAAUAAUGAUAAAAUAUAUGAAUAAAUACAUAAAAAUCCAACAAAAACAAAACACACGCAACAAAUUAAGUUCAAAAGAUAAUUAAAUGAAAAAAUGAUAAAACCUUAUAAUUAAUUUGCUGAUAUGACCUCAAAUAAUUUUGACUUAAUAUAAUAAACCUAAUUUCAUUGCCUAAAAAUUAUUCAUAAUUUAAUUAAUUUCCCUAGGAACAUUCAAAAUUAAACAUACAAAUUAUAUUAUUUUCUCUAAUCUUCUUUUGGAAAACAUAUAU